UUAGAUUUAAAAAUUUAUUCAGGAACUUUCAUUAAAAAUCGAAUAUCAAACAAAGGUUUAAACCAAGUUCCCGUCUAAAAGUUGCAUUGGAAAUGUUAAACUGCAGUCUUAAUUGUUUUUUCCCAAACGAAAGGGUAAAAUAAGUAACUCAAAAAAUACUGGAAGUGGUUGUGAGAAUAGGGGGGACGUUCAGCAUCCCUUUUAUAAUCUGCUGUUAGUUCGGUCUCCCGUAAAAAGUUUCCUAGGGCCAAAGUUCUAGUGGCGAAACAGAUUUUAGGAUCUGUGAAGGCUCACUCCUGUUGCAUUCUAAAUGAUAAAAUAGUAAUGAAUUUAGUCAGGAAUGUGGACAAGAUAAAUAACCAAAUUACAUGCUUUUUAGCAAAGAAUUUAUGCAGUUGUGAUUUACCUUGGGUUCAUGAAUAUUAGAUCAGGUCAGCCACUACUACUUGUGCAAAGCAUAACAUUGACUUAGUACCGUAUCGCAAUGGUUUUAUUAUUUUGCUCCCAUUUAGGUAUUCCCAUGCAUCUGCGUCUAGUUUAACAGGAAGACAUACAAGCAGAGUUAGUGUCUGAUAAACUAAAAGUUCCAGUUGUCAAAAAAUCCUUAACAUUUGUCCACAACCAGCUGCACAGAACACUCAUCUUCUAAGACUAUAUACUGCUGUUUUGCGGGCAACUAAAAGCUCAGACGCUUAUCUGUCAUGCUACCGAUGUUAUUGCUGCGGAAAUUGUUUAAUGACAAUGAUCUUGAAAUAUGGUCAGUGAUAGAUCUACAGUCUAGAAAUAAAAAGCAAACAUACUUAAAGCUAUCAAAUGUACUGUUGCUAUACAGCAACAGUACCAAAGGCAUUUUUUUCAUAUUUUUAAUCAGACUGACUCGAAUCAGUAUACUCAUUAGAAACAGGCAGCUCUACUUACUAAACUGAUUUGUUUCGUAACGGGCUUCAAGCAAUAUACUUAAGUAUAACAUAGUUCUUUCGACUAAACUGAAUUAUAUGACAACCAAGAAUACUAAACUAAGCAACCCAAGCUGCCAGCUUUGGGGAAAUUUUUGGGAAAUCCCUAAAGUGAAAAACCUUCCCCAAUGUUUGGGGAAAUCCCCAAAAUGUUCGUAGCGCAUUUUUGCACACUAACAUUUCAUCUACAUAAUAUAAAUAAGCCUCACAGUAGUAAAUUCGAAUAACAAAUUUACAUUUUAAUUCAAUAGACUUUUGGAUGGGGGAUAGUCUAUCGAAUUUCAGGUCUUGUUUUAAUACAUCAACAAACAGACAGUAGACAAAAAGUUGUCGGUUUUAAAUCACUUUUUCAAAAUUUGGAAGCUAUGCAGGUGAGUUGUUAGCAGUGCAGGUCGGAAAAUUUGGUUGCUGUCUAUGUUCAGUCUUACUUAAGUCAAUUAUUUCUUUCAGAAUAAGAAUAGACAGCUCGAUAAGAUUACGAAAAGGCGGGCAGCAGACACGAAAUACCCUAGGUUAUUUGGCUGUUCCCGUUCAACCUAUUACAGAAGGUUGAGGAAAUUAAAAGCACAGUUUAUAAAGAAGUGUCGGUUACCGAGCUGUGACGAAGAGACAGACAAUCCAGUUGUCGUUACAGAAUCGCGUACUACCGUAGCUACAGAGCAGUGGGCUAAUAUUGUCACAGAUACAGCUACUGCUUCAUGUAGUUACGUCCAGUGUUCAGACAACACAAUCAGUGGUAGUAUCUGUUUGAUUAUUAAAAAUUUAUAGGUUGUGUGAUGUCAGAAAUGUCUCCAGCCGUUCAUCUUUCGAUGAAAGAACAGUUAGACAGAAUGGUCAUUGAAAUGAUGAAAGGUGGUUAUAUAAGCAUAAAGAAGGUUGACCAAAUAUUGGACAUUUUUCGUGCGCGGUAUCCAGAACUUCCAACGUCCGUCCGGGGUGUUCUACGUCGAUGCAACGACGUGGAGCCUAAGAUCCUAGAUUCUGGAACGUAUUACCACUUGGGAUUGAAAUCAAGUCCUUUGAGAAUUUCAGAACAUUGGCUACGGCGAAUCCGUUUCAACGAACUUCAGUUGCAGUUAGACUACGACGGUCUAAGUUUGUUCAAAAGCUCUAACCAACAGCUGUGGCCGAUCCUAGGUCGCAUAGUAGCUCCACUAGUUAGUAGUGUUUUCGUAGUUGGGAUCUACGGUGGUGAAGUAAAACCAUCUGAUUUCAACGACAUGUCAGCAACACAUAACAGAGUUACAGGAGUUGCUGACAGUAGGUUUUAAUGUAGAUAAGUAUCAGCUACAUUUAACAGUUAAAUUAGUUGCUGUUAUUUGUGACGCUCCAGCUCGCAGCAACGUGAAGUACAUUGUGGGACACAAUGGUAUCGCUGGCUGUGACAAAUGUCAGGUUUUAGGGACGCGAAUGGGUGGUCGAAUGACUUUCUCCAAUGGUGAACACGACUUAAGAAAUGAUGUCACUUUUCGUAGUAGGUCCCAAUCUAUCCAUCAUCGUGGUACAAGUUCAUUUGAAAAUCUGCCAGUGGAUAUGAUUAAAUGUUUCCCCUGUGAACCUAUGCAUAUGAUAUACUUAGGUGUUACUAAAAACUUAUUUCAUUAUGGAAGGACCUAGCUAUUAAGCAACUUAAUAGAAUGGAUCAAUCUAUUAUCGCAUCAAUAAAUGAUGCACUAUAUUUUUGUAGACAGCACACUACAUGCGACUUUCAACGGAAAUGUCGUUCACUGUAUGAAGUUUCUGUAUGGAAAGCAACUGAAUGUCGGUUGUUCUUAUUAUACUUAGGACCUGUAGUUCUUCAUAAUAGGUUACCACUAUCAAUGUACAGAAACUUCCAGUCACUCUCUUUGUCUAUGUAUUUAUUAUCGCACCCUAAGUUUCAUAGCACAUUCGCUAACAGUGUUCGGGUUUACAUUAAUAACUUUUUAUUAGGUUGCGAAAGGUGUUACGGUACCGAACACUUAAUCUACAAUGUGCAUAGUUUAAAGCACAUUGCAGACGACGUUAUGGAACAUGGUACUUUAGAAUCGUUCGCAGCAUUUCCUUUUGAUUCUUACAUGAGAAAAAUUAGGCGUUCAGUACACUGUGGAUUUGCUGCGGCUAAACAAGCCGCACAGCGAUAUGCCGAAGAAGUUUACUUUCAAAGUAUACUGAAUCAGGAUAUGGCUGACCAUGUCACUGAGCCUGAGGUAACUGAUGAUUCUUCCAAGCAAAUGGUCAGUUACAGGAACUCAAAGCUAUCUACUGCAAGGCCGGACAAUGUAGUUAUUGCCAAAGGUAGACCAGGGUUCGUAACAGAAAUACGUGAUGGAGGCCUUAUUAGGUUCCGGCCAUUUCAUAAUCCUUCCGAUUUAUAUACCAACCCUUUUCCCUCCAGUAAUAUUGGUAUGUUUAAGUGUUCUACCUUAAGCCACGAAUGCACGUGGAUAACACUAACAGGCAUACUUUGUAAGUGCAUGUGUUUGCGCACACAACAUUAUGAGGUCAUUAUCCCUCUUUUGCAUACAUUCUAGUAGCAGAUGUGACAUCAUUUCUCAAGGACUGUUGCAAAUAUAGCACUUUAG